AUGACCAGCGACAGACGCCCGACCGCCACCUGCGCGUCCGACGACAGUCUUGACGCGGACCUCGUGCUGGUGUGCCGCCCGCCCGCGUCCGACUUUUGCUCGCGCUUUGUGCCGCGCGGCGCGUGCGCUGCUGUGGCAGAUGGGACGACGUUCCACGUGCGCGUCCCGUCGUUCCGAGGGACGCGCGAGGGGGUUGUCACGUACGCGCUGGAGCUGCAGACGGGCCACGAGCCGCCGCACACGUUCGGGUUGGAGCGCCACUUCUCGGAGUUUGUCGCGUGGGCGGCAGCGGUCAACCGGCAGCUCCUGCGCCGAGAGGAGACGGAGUGGGGGACGCCAUUCCAGUGGCAGGUGCCGGCCAAGACGUUCUUCCGCGUGACGAGCGCCGAGGCGCUGGACGAGCGGCGGCGGCGCAGUGCGAAGGAGGAGGACGUGGGCGGGGGAGAAGCCGAUGAUGAGGUGCAGAGCGGAGGAAGGCGGAGGUGCACGCGCGCCCAGUUCCGUAUCCGCUGCAGCAGUCGCACAAACAGAGCGUCACGCACUGCUCUCCAUCGCCGGCAGCAGUCGACUCACUGA